AUGGCACCACCACAGAACAACAUCGUCACCAGCACCAACCGCGGCGACACCACGAUCAAUGUCCGGGAACUCCUCCAGCAGCCAUGGUACAAGUAUCCGCACCUCAGGAAGCUCUACGCCUGGAUGUCGGUGGUCCUGCUCGUCCAGGCAACGAACGGUCUUGAUGGAUCAAUCAUGAAUGGCAUGCAAACGCUCACUUACUGGCAAAGCUAUUUCAAUCAUCCGACCGGAGCUCAACUCGGCCUGUUCAAUGGCACACAGGGCCUGGGUGGUGUUGUGUCGCAAUUCUUUCUGUGGUGGUUGGUUGAGAAGAUUGGCCGAAAGCUCACCAUCAUUGCUGGGGCUGUGAUCAUCAUCAUUGGCGUAUUCCUGCAGUCGUUCGCGAAUGGCUUGGUCAUGUUUGCUUGCGCUCGUGCAGUCAUUGGCCUUGGACUGAGCUUCGAGUAUACUGCUGCGCCAAUGCUGGUGACUGAGCUUGCUCACCCAACCCAUCGAGCGCAAUUGUCGACACUCUUGAACACCCUGUACAACUUCGGUGCAACCCUGGCUGCGUGGAUCACUCUCGGUACACUCCAGAUCCAGUCCGAUUGGAGUUGGCGCAGCGUAUCGCUGAUCCAGAUGUUCCCGUCCCUUAUCUCCAUCACGCUCACAUGGUGGGUUCCGGAGAGCCCCCGCUGGCUCGUUUCUCAAGGCCGCAAUGAGGAGGCAUACAAGAUCCUGCUGGACAACCACUGUGGUGGAGAUGAGAGUGACCCUCUGACGUCGUUUGAAUUCAACGAGAUCCAGUCCACGUUGACCUUUGAGAAAGAGCACAGCACUGGCAGCUGGCUGGACCUCGUUCGUACGAAGGGAAACCGACACCGGACCUGGAUUGUGUUCACCUGCGCGAUCGCCGCACAAGCGUCUGGAACAACGUUGACUGGCUAUUAUCUGGCGGUGGUCCUGCGAACGAUUGGUGUGACGAACGCGCAGCAUCAGGCGAUCAUCAAUGGUUGCCUGACGAUGUGGAACAUGGGCUGGGCUUUCUGGGGAGCAUUCGUGAUUGACCGCUACGGCCGUCGACCAAUGAUGCUGACAUCCUUGACUGGCAUCUCGAAAGAUCUGGUGCGCGCGCUGACUGAGAUGGACCAGUACAACGUCGAUGGCAACGUCCGCGCCGGGCAGGCUUCGCUCGCAUUCAUCUUCCUGUUCACGGCCUUCUACAGCACCGUAUGGAACGGUAUACUGACAGGUUACACUGUCGAGGUCAUGAGCUACGACAUUCGGUCGAAGUUGAUAUGCACACAGAACCUGCUCGUCCAGGCCACGAUCACCGGAUUCAACUACCUCAAUCCAGUCGCGAUUGAGCAUAUCUCCUGGAAGUACUAUGUGGUUAUCUGCUGCAUCAUCCUGUUAGAGAUCGUCCUGGUUUACUUCACCUAUCCUGAAACAUCCAAGAUCACGCUUGAAGAGAUCUCGACCAUCUUUGAUGGAAAGCAUGCCGUGCACAACGACCUGCUGGCUAAGCAAGAAGACCAGGAAGAGCCGCUAGACGAUCAGAAGGGAGUUGCGGUUGAGAGACGUGAGGUGUCAACGAACGAGGCGUAG